CUGUUUUCGAGUUGGAUAUCUCCAUAGAUGAUAAAGCAUUCGUUAUCAUCGAUUUUUGGUACAUGUUUAUUAAUUCAAGUUUGAUGUUGAAAGAAAAAAAAACAUUUCCUGACUCGUAGAAAUAACGUAACGACUUUUUGUUUAAAGAUGAAUGUUUUUUUAUUGGCGGAUUUAUGCGAGAUUUACUUUUGCGUGAUUUGAUACUUAUGCAAGUAAUUUAAUCUAUACGUUUCGAUAUAGGUAUUUAAUUUUUAAGUAUGAGCUUGAAAAUUUAGAAGCCCACAGAAAGUAUAAGAAAACAAGAUUCAUAAAAUUAUUACAGAGCAUUACCGCAUAUAUCACUUUCUGAAGAAAUGAAUUUUCUCGUAUGGGGUUUUAUUUAUUGUUUAUUUUUCAUAAAUUCAAGUGCUGAAUCAGGAUUAUCGCAAGAUAUUACAUUUACAUCAAGCAGAAGCCGUGUUGUAGUCUUCGACGUCGAUGAUACACUUUGCAAAGAGCGAGACGUUCGAAUAGUAUUUUUCUCUGCUGGUGACAAAGAAAGAAAUUUUUUGGUGAUCCCUCAGCUACUGACGUCCUUCUGGGGUAAAGUGAAAUUUGAAGUAUUAAAAGCCAAAGGACAAUUCGAUAUUUUCUCAAAGGAGAAUUUGCGCCGGGGACAUCGCACGUUUCGUACGGGCGAAGGAAAUUACGCGAAAGAUUUGAAAGUAGUUAUACGAGAAGGUGAAACGUUAUCGGAUGUUAUUUUAGUGGAUGAUGAUCACACUUACUGUGCUGACGAUCAAAGACCACUUUUGGUGACCGUGAAUCUACUCGGGUGGUCAAUAAAAGAGGAAGACAAAAAAGAAAAAUCAGAAGAAGGGCCCUUGAUUUCAUCUUGGGACUGGGAAGAAAAACAUUCUAGUUUUUAUUUGAACAGCGUUUACUUCAUGAUCGGUGUAUUUAAGACCUAUUUCGAGAAUGAAAAGUAUAAAAUAUUACCUUUUAGAGAAGGUUUAAAUGUAAUUCUUCCUGAAAAAAAUUACUACAAUAGUUUCUUUGAGAAACAUUUGUUCGCCUACGAUAUGUAUGAUUUAGGAUUAUCAGAGGUACAAAAACGAGUACCUAAUGCCAAGUUUUAUGGCUUGAGACAUCCAGAAAUUGGUACUUAUGGAAAUAAACCGUGGCACAAUGAAUGUACACAACAGAAGCAAGUCCGAAUUGCAAAUGAAUUGAUGGAAGCAUUCGUGAUGAAUUUGUGGGAAAGUUACAGUACAAAAUAUGUAAAAUAAAUAUAACCCAUGUUUGCAAGUUUAGAUGUUUUUGUUUUUCAAAAAUGUUAUCAAGCAGAAAGAAUAUUCAUCGAAUAAAUUACUCAUCUACCAGGUUCAAAAAACUUAAUCAUUUUAUUAUUUUUAUUCAUGAAACGUAUCAAUUUAUUCAGUUAUAACCUUGCAAGAUACUUAACCAACAAGUCUGAUCUUUAAGUAAAGGAUAACUAAUGUAAUCGGCUGACGAAAUGUUAUCAGUACGUUGCUUACGUAGAUUUCAUUUUGAAGUAUCAGCUUAGCAAUUAAAACAAAAAUAAAUGAGUAAAAACUGAAAAAUAGUCUGCAAUGCUGAAUUUUAUUCUUCAAUUGAACAA